UUCUUAGUGUUGUGUAUCAUCACUGUCUUUAGCUGCUGGGACAACCUGCAAAGCCGAGGGCAGUGCUGUCGUAAUGACAUCGAUAUUCAAGUUAAAUUUUAUGCUCAGUUAUUCUUUAUGAGUAGAGAGACACCUUAAGUGUUUUUAAAAAUUGCAGACUAAUUACUUAUUGCAAUUUAAAGCUGAAACAUUUCCCUACGGUUAUUUUCUGUUUCUCACUGAUUAAUUAGGCUAUAGGAGACAGCCAAAAAUAAUUCUAAAGCCCAGAAGAUUUAAUGAAGAGGUGAAAUACUGAUAACUUACUGAGUUCUAGUAAUGUGAACCUUACUUAUAACAUGCAUGUUCUAGCUAAUGUUUGCUUUGUGAUUAAAACUUUAAAAGCGUAGACUUUGUGGGUAUAAUGGUAGCUUUUCAGACCAUCCUAUGUCUGACCUGUAAACAGCUCUUCAAGUCUGACUGGUUAUGAAUUUUUUAUUAUUCGGAGUAGCAGUCAUAAACCUUCGGAUUUGUAAAGCUUUUGUACUGCACCUUACUCUUUGGAAGUGGCAGAGAAAAAGCAGUCAGUGAGGCAGGCGCUUGGGGUCAGUAACAUCUGUGGCACUUGUGCAGAUGGGAGGAGUAACGGCAGGAAAGCAUUCGCUGUGUUACAGUUAUGUUUUAAGAUGUCAUAUUAACAUUGGGUAGUAAACAGGAAAGUGAAGCGUUGCAGCAUACCAGUUCUCCACGGACCACCGUCAAGUGCUGCUCAGUCCACAGCAACCCAGAGCCCACAUGAGUGGGCUCACUGGUAGCGUGUCCAGGGAAGUUACUUGUACAACCAGGCUGCGUGCUUGGGGGCAGGGGGAGCUGGUUUUCUCCCUUAAGGUAUCAUAAAAUGAAACUGUUGUGCUGAAAGGAAGAAUUAACUGGUCUUUCAACUUCAGCCUUUUUAUUGUGAGAGAGGAGAUCACAGAAGUGUUACCAUGGGGAGAACAGCAGCUAAAGAUUCAAAGAAUAUUAAAAAAGAGAAAGAUGGACAGAAUCAGCAGGGAAACAACACAUCUUUAAAAAGUGAACAGUUUAAUUGGGAUGAUUAUCUGAAAGAAACUGAAUCAGUGGCUGCUCCUCUACAUUGUUUCAGACAGUCUAGAAUUCCACCUACAAACGAUUUCAAAGUUGGUAUGAAACUGGAAGCCCAUGAUCCUCGCAAUGUUACCUCGGUUUGUAUAGCUACGGUAAUUGGAAUCACCGGUGCCAGGCUAAGGUUGCGGCUGGAUGGAAGUGACAACAAAAAUGAUUUUUGGAGGCUUGUGGAUUCCUCAGACAUACAGCCCAUUGGGACCUGCGAAAAGAAAGGGGGCAUGCUCCAGCCUCCACUUGGGUUCCAGAUGAAUGCAUCUUCUUGGCCAAUGUUUCUCUUAAGAACUCUCAAUGGAGCUGAAAUGGCACCUGCAGCAUUCUUUAAGAAGGAACCACCAAAACCUGUGCCAAACUGCUUUAAAGUUGGAAUGAAACUUGAAGCUAUAGAUAGAAAAAACCCAUACUUGAUUUGCCCAGCAACCAUUGGAGAUGUUAAAGGAGAUGAAGUUUUUGUUACAUUUGAUGGCUGGAGAGGAGCAUUUGACUAUUGGUGCAGAUGUGAUUCUCGAGAUAUUUUCCCCGUUGGAUGGUGUAGCUUGACAGGAGAUGCAUUACAACCACCAGGGAACAAUGUUUCCAUUACAAAGAGCAGUGCAAAAAUCCAAUCUUCCCCUUCCAAAGUGACCCGGCGUUCAAUGCAGUCUCCACAGAAAUCUGCUCCAGUACCAGCGCAACGGGGCAGGAAACCAGGUCGGGGCAAACCCCCUGGACAGUCUGCAGUUCCCAAGAAGGGCAGGUCUCCUAAAAACAUUCCCCUGACAAAAAGCACCUCUCAUACUGAAAAUCUUAAAACAAGGAAAAAAAGUUUAAAACCUGGAAAAAAGAAAAAAGUCUUACUGGAACAACUGACUCCUGCAUCUCCUUCUCCUCAUUCUUCUCCUGAGGGGGACAGUGGCACUACACAGAUACUUAAAAGUGGAAUUGGUUUGACUGGUGCAACUGCAGCAGUUAUAUCCACAGUGUGUGUUUAUGUCAACAAGCAUGGAAAUUCUGGGCCUCACCUGGAUAAGAAGAAGGUUCAGCAGCUUCCAGAUCACUUUGGACCAGGUCCUGUCAAUGUGGUACUUCAGCAGGCUGUACAGGCUUGUGUGGAUUGUGCCUAUCAAUCCAAAACAGUCUUUGGAUUUCUGAGAUCUGGCCAUCAUGGAGGGGAAAUGAUAACUGCUUCCUUUGAUGGGGAAAAGCAUGCCAUCAAUCUUCCUUCUGUAAACAGUGCAUCGUUUGUCCUGCGCUUCUUGGAGAAACUCUGCCACAGCCUGCAGUGUGAUAAUCUCUUCAGUAGCCAACCUUUCAGCCCUUACAGGGGAUGUGCACAUAGUCCUACAGAAUAUGAUAGGAACAAACCAGCAAAAGAAGAAAUACCUGAAAACAGGAGUGCUAAACGAUACUCUCAGGACUCUCCACCAUAUACUGCUCCUCUUUCCCCUAAGCUUCCCAGAAAUGAUGCUCAUCCAUCUGAAGCAGAAACAUUACCUAUAGAGGAAAACAGCACUUCCAAAGAACACCGAUUUCCUGAGGACUCUAUGGAUUCUGCACUUAAUUCUGUAAAUCCUUCAAGCCCGACCCGUCGAAAUUCUACUGAAUAUCGUACUUCAGGAAGUGCAGCGUAUUACAGAAAUUCCCUUCAGCCAGUGACUGCUACCUCAAAUUCAGCCCCAGUCCUGCGCAGGCUGUCCUUGAGCUCCGCUGGGAGCAGUGGUUACUAUGAAGUUAGUAGGAAUCGAAUACAGGGGCGGAUUGAAGCUGCAAGUUCCACAACUGGACCGGAUUUGAAUUCACUAAAAAGGGAACCUUCAAGAAUACUGAAUAAGGAUCCUUCCACCUGGUCAAUAGAGGAAGUAAUGCGUUUUGUGAAAGAAGCUGAUCCACAGGCACUAGCUCCACAUGCAGAACUCUUUAGGAGACAUGAAAUUGAUGGGAAGGCACUACUCUUACUGAGGAGUGAUAUGAUAAUGAAAUAUAUGGGACUGAAGCUGGGGCCUGCCCUAAAGUUGUGCUACCACAUUGAAAGACUUAAACAAGGAAAGUACUAGCCAGCGGGGAUACCGCAAAUAUGUGUGUUUGUAUCGCACUAAGCUCUCAGGUUCACAGCCAUUGCCUUUAUUUGAAACUUAUUUUGCUGAUAUAAAUAAUCUUUAUUUUUUGAAAGUGUUCUCAAAAUGGAAAAAAGACAUUCAGGAUAAAGAGGGGGGGUCCGGGGAAUCUGUAUGACGUCUUAGAAGUGUUCAAGGCUGGGUUGGAUGGGGCUUUGAGCAACCUGGUCUAGUGGAAGGUGUCCCUGCCCGUGGCAGGGGCUUGGAACUAGGUGAUCUUUAAGGUCCCUUCCAACCCAAACUAUUCUAUGAUUUUAGUGUUUUGCGAACUAUUUCAGGAAGUUUUCAGGGAAGGACAGUUGAUCGUACUGGGGCGGGCAGGUGAGGUAACAGUGCUCUCUGAAUUCUGGAAAGUGCAUUCUCCGUUACAGACUUCAGCCAAUGUGUUCAUAUUCAGAACCAAAACAGCUGAAUCCCAAAUGAAAGUAAUAAAACAAACCAGCAUCAGGUGUUAAUACUUUUUAUAGGGGUGAUUGUAAACUUUUAUAUUGCAAGAAAAAUUUAAAAUAGAAGAUCUCAUCUCUGUAGUGAAAAUACUGUGUCUGGUCCUCCAGCAGAGUAGUACUCUAGUAUAUUAUUCUAGAUGAUUCUUCCUAGAUUUCCAUAAAGGGAAUAGCCAUAUGAAUUGGUCAUGGGGGAUGGAGGUGAGGGGAGGGAAGGGUUAUGGAGGAGAGGGUUUAAUACAAAUAUAAGCUUUUAUAAAGUGUGAUUAUCAGUCCUUUGGUAAGUUAUGAGGACAAAUGUAUGGUAUGUUGUCAAUUUAUGCAGACAAUAAAUAUUUCUGUUUCAUGGAAGGGCAUAUUGGCUGUAUAAACAGCCAUUUCUGGGACAGACUAAUUUAACUGGAACCAUGCAUCCACAUUUUAAACAUUCCAUCUUUUUGCUGAGUUUGGCAUGGAUAUGUGUGUUCAUGCUUUUUUAUAUAUACAUGUGUAUGUGUCGGGAAAUACAUACUAUAUAUAUAUAUAAAAAUAUAUAUACACACUGUACAUAUGUAUUCAGUUUUUUAACGUGUACUUUGCACUGUGCCAGAAAGAACUGUACAAUUUCAUGUUGGUUUUUUACCAGUAAAUUUAGUUGUGUACUACUUUCAUUAGCACCUGUUUAAUUUGUUGUCCAGUCAGAAGGUGACAAACAAUCAAAAGGUGGCUUUAUUCAUACAGGUAAGAUCCCUGUACUAUGCAAUACUCUUGGUUAUUCAUCCCUUAACUCUGAGCCAUAUAUUCUGGUAUAUUUCUGGAAAGACACAUUUGGUUCUGAUGCUUUGGGCUUGUAUUUCCUAGAAGAAAGUGCUACUAUGUAACCGAUAUGCCCUUUUGGGGUAAAAUCAGUGCUGUUUCUAUAAGCUGCAAGAACGAGUGGUGAUAAUAAAGCAGUUUGUUGUCACUGCCAAUUGUAAUAUACAUCAGGGACAAGAAAAUACACUUUCUGUGUAGGAAACUGAAUGUACUAUAUGUAAUAGUGCAAGUGAUAAAAACUGUUUCCUAGGGAAGGUGUAGUCCUAAAAUGGUAGGUUUUAUUGUAUUUCUUACUGCCUUUUUAUGUGAAAGCAUAUAGUAUAAAUAUAUUUCUUACAAAUUCCUUUUCUGAAAAUGCCUUGCUUUACCAAUAGUCUGAUACUCCUCAGGUUUCAGCAGAGAUACUGCUGCAAAAUAAUAAAUUUUGUGGCUCAUAAGCGUCCGAGUAUUUUGUUAGUUUAAGUGACUGCAGUGCAAUUUUAAUUUAGCAAGUCAUUUGGACUUUGAGAAUUGGUUUUAUUGUUACAUCAUUAGACAUUUGACACUAAAGGUUAUCUAUAUCUGUUUGUUUUGCAUAUCUUUUGUGGUGCAUGUGUGCUUAGAUGAAUAAUACAAGGGUGUUCUUUAUAGUAAGAAAAGGUCAGAGCAUUGACUGAAGAAACAGAAUAUUUUCUCUUUGUGUUGGGAAAAUACUGACUUGAUUGUUGGUGUAACCAUAUGAAAGUUAGUUACAUAUUGAGGAAAACAGCAUGCCCCACAUGUUCAGUGUAUUAUUUAUACCUUAUUUCUUCCACACUUUAUUAUGCUGAAUUUCAGAGUUCUUUAGCUCAAAGAGAUCUCAUACAAUUUAAGUGGAAAUAAUUGACUGAAAACAGUUUUCAUUUUUUAUGUUGCCACUGGCAUAGGAAAAACAAAGAUGUUUUAAGUUUUGUGUUUUGCCUUUAUGGAAUGACAUUUUUUUACAUGGCACUAUUAUGGGUAUAAAUAUUUGUUCGAGGCUUUCUGUGCACCCGUGUGCACAAGGAUUACUGUGCUGUUGCAGUACCGGAAUUUCACCUUGUGCUAUAGAGUGAGAUUCAGGCAUUCAAAAUUUGUAGCAGAAUAUAAUUUUUAUUCUUUAUUUUCAAUGGGAUGUUCUUAUCUAUCAACAAAAAUAAAAUGGUUUGUUCAUUGUUGUAACUGUC